AUGGCCGACACGGAGCUUCCCUUGUUACCUGGCCUGCGGAAAACCACUUCCCACUCGAGUCUCGGCGCAACCGCACACGAACAACCGAGUGGCAUGGGGCUUGCUACAUCUUCAGUGCCUUUGGAUUCUGAUGAGCUGAAGCGACCAGACGCCUCUCCAAAAUCGCCGACCGAAACAAUUCGACCGGACAAGUUAAGACCCAACACAGCGCUCCCACGGACGAGUUUUAGCAAACCCAGGCCUUCGAUCGACGCUCGGUCCAUAGCCAGUUUCAGGUUUACGUCUCGUAUACCGAGUAUUGUCGUGAAUGAUGCACCUCAUCGGCCAAGUUCUCGAAGAUCGGAGCGGAGUUUGCGAUGGGGUGGUCGGAAGGGACAAAUGCGAAGCGAGGUCCCAUCGGUGCCACCGCUGCCUGUUGUUGAGCCGUUUCGUGGAAUAAAGCUGGAUAUACCGUCAGGCUCACUGGAGGACAUCACCACGACAACUGUUGACGAUUUACAAUCAGUGAAUCCUAUUGAACCGGCCGAAAAGCCGAUCAAUCCGCCUGAAAGUUGUCUCACUGUCAGUGACGCGACAGCCCCGCGUUCUACAAGCACAAGGCGAAUUAGAUCUGCGAACUCGCUACGUUGUAGGCCAAGUACUACCUCGAGUCGACCCAUUUCUGCCGAUGAGGAAAUACUCUCUUUCAAGGUUAGGUUGAUGUAUGAAACUGGCGACGCCGACAUUGAUGAGUCUGAAAUUAGCCAGUUGAUGAACGUGGAGCAAGAUGUCCUUUGGGAAGAAGCUUCAUCCAUAGAAGAGAGUAGAGGUCGGACACCCACUACACGUCACAGCUCUACGACUGAAUUGGCUAAUCCCUUGACGAGAAAUGGGUCUCGACGGAAUAGCUUCACCCGGGAAGCGACCGAGCUAGCCGGAGGUAUAGAAGACUGGGAAAAUGUCAAAAAUGAAGAUGUGGACAGAUAUGGUUUCAUUGUUCCCCGACGGGACACCGAAAACGGCGCAGAUCCCAGUCCACCGCAGCCGCUCCAACGCGUGUCAACCAGUUUGAUGCUUGCUGCUGCUUCUCCGCGUAGGAAGCGAACAAUACGACGGACGCCUUCUGUGGCUGCCAGUAUUCGGUCCUUUUCCGGUCGCUCUCCGUCAAGAAAGUCAACGGAGCAACCUAACAGACCGAGUUCAUCUCAGAGCUCUUAUCAACCAAACCUGACCAGGUCUACGUCCAAGUUCAGAUAUGCUACCAAUAAAUUGCCUCACAACAGGGACCGAAAAUUGAUGGACGAAGCCAGCGACAUGUUAACGCUCCCUGCUUCAAUAGACAGAGAAAUGACCAAUGAUGACGACACACCCUACGCUCGUGCGAUGAAGAAAAAGGAGUGGGAAAGAGAAGAAAAGUGGAGGAAAAUGGCAAAACUAACAUCUAAGAAAAAGGACGGUGCCGGGAUGACUUUUGAGUUUGAUAUCAGUAGCCCAAAACUUAUCGAACGGACUUGGAAGGGAAUUCCUGAUAGGUGGAGGGCUACAGCAUGGCAUGCGUUCCUUACUGCAAGUGCCAACAAACGAAAAGGCAGCCCUACAGACGAAGAACUCAUUCGCCGCUUCAAUGAGCUGCAGGACGAACCCUCGCCCGAUGAUCUUCAAAUCGACAUCGAUGUUCCACGCACGAUAAGCAGCCACAUAAUGUUCCGUCGGCGUUACAGAGGCGGUCAAAGAUUGUUAUUCCGUGUCCUUCAUGCCAUGUCUCUCUACUUCCCAGACACCGGCUAUGUUCAGGGCAUGGCUUCUUUGGCGGCAACUCUGCUGGCCUACUACGAUGAAGAGCAUGCCUUCAUUAUGUUAGUGAGGCUCUGGCAGCUUAGGGGCUUGGACCGGCUGUACCGAUCUGGGUUCUCCGGGUUGAUGGAAGCACUAGGAAAUUUUGAAAGCGAGUGGUUGGAACGAGGCGAAGUGGCAGAGAAGUUGACUGAACUUGGCAUACCGCCAACUGCUUACGGAACUCGAUGGUAUCUAACAUUGUUCAACUAUUCUAUACCAUUUCCCGCUCAGCUUCGUGUGUGGGAUGUCUUCAUGCUUCUUGGCGACUCAGGCGAUGUGACAAAUUCAAGGCCGGCCACCUCCAUCAGUGCCUCCGUCGAUGGUCAACAAGGGUCCACAGUUACCAGUGCGAAGCCAUUUGGACGCAGUCUUGACGUUUUGCAUGCCACUUCAGCUGCUUUAAUAGACGGCAUGCGCGAUAUCAUUCUAGACUCCGAUUUCGAGAAUGCGAUGAAGGUGCUGACGAGUUGGGUCCCGAUUAAAGACAUUGAACUGUUUAUGCGCGUUGCGAAAGCGGAGUGGAAAGUGCAUUAUAAGAAGAAGGCCUGA